CAACUAUUACUAGUGCGUUAGUUUGCAGGCAACCGCGAGUUUUCUCUAAGAGGAUGGAUAAUGCAAUGAAUUUGUCAGAUAUACUAUUAUGACCGUGAUUUGGACACAUGUAAGGUGUAUUAUCUGUGGUUGCCACCUCCCCGCUGUGUUUGAGUUCAAACAAGGCAGAACUGAUAUGAAUGAAUCAGUUACUGGACGUGAACCAUCGUCUGCAGUCAUGGGUAAAGUCACAUGUGAUGUCAAGAGUGAACCACUUUGUGACAUUACAUUUCCUUCAGACACAACAAUCAAGUCUUCGCAGGCAGAACUUGCUGAGCAUGGUGUUGGCAGAGAACCUGGAGUCUGUACCCAAGAAGUAUCUUUGGUUGCCAGUUUAGAAAAUCAAGCUCAUAAAAAUGGUGCACACAUUCCAGGCAGAACUCAUAUGAAUGAAUCAGCUACUGGACGUGAACCAUCGUCUGCAGUCAUGGGUAAAGUCACAUGUGAUGUCAAGAGUGAACCACCUUGUGACAUUACAUUUCCUUCAGACACAACAAUCAAGACUGAACGAGUUCAAGAUAAAGUAAGGAGUUAUGUUGGAGGCUUGAUAGAUUCAGUAUUGUCUUAUAGAAAAAAUAAAGCUGCUGAAAGCAGUACACACACAUCAGGAUCAAGCGUGACGGCUGUUAUUCCUGCUAAUUUUACAAAAAAUAUUGUAGGCAUAGAGGAAAAUAAGGGUCCUAAGCUGGUGCCUUCAGAAAAAGAGUUUAUGAACUGUUAUGAACAAGGAGUGAUGAAAUUGAACUACAUCAAGGCUCCAAGUGCACAAACAUCACAAACUAGCACGCACAGCAAUAGCCAAGACGAUGCUCAAAAGCCUGCUACGACCAUUCCAGAGGCCUCAUCACUGCCUAAAGAAAUAUUUGAGUCCAACAAUGUAGUGGAAUUGCUCAACAGAAACCAGUUUCUACAGGAGGUGUUGGACGUGUAUGUAUGUAGCUUCUGCGGCCGCAGGUAUGCACGAUACUGUAGCCUGAGACAGCAUUUGAUCAUCCAUAGCCGUGAGAGAAAUUUCAAGUGUGAUAAAUGUGGAGCUGCAUUCAAAGUAAACUCUGCCCUCCAGAGUCACCUUCUAACACACAGCAUGGACAAACCCUUCAAGUGUGACAUGUGUCCUUCCACCCAGUGUACGCAAAAUGCUCUUCUGAGACACAAACAAAACAAGCACGGAGUAGGUACUGAUGGCUAUGUCUGUUACAUUUGUGGUGAAAUGUUGAAGACAAGUAAGUGUCUGGAGUAUCACAUCCUACGCCACGCGGGCAAGAAUGUUUUGUGCGUAGCUUGUGGCAAGUUGUUCUACACAGUAUCACAUCUGAAAACGCACACAGCCAGGCAUCAUGACCUCACGCAAGAGGAGCCGGGCGAGAUAUUUGAGUGCUUGCACUGCUCUCACAAGUACGCCACUAAAGCCGCCCUUAGAAACCACAUUAUGAUAGUCCACCUCAAGGAGAUGCCCUACGAGUGUGAGGAGUGCGGACUUAAGUUUACAUUGAGAUACAGGCUGAACAGGCACGUUGCCUGUCACAAGCAGAGGAAGUUCUGGUGCGACUGCAACCAGAGUUUCACGACCAAGGGCGGUCUGGACAGACACAAGAUGACGCACGUCAACUACAGACCGUACUUGUGUGACAUGUGCGGGCUGACGUUCACGCAGAAGGGCUCGAUGUUGAGGCACAUAGUGACGAGCAUGAGGGGAAGGUACUUCAAGAGAACUGGUACUUGCCGACCUGUAACAAGAGGCUGGGGAGGAUAUUACGUCCGUCACAAAGAUAGUUGAAAACAAUUUUUUUAUGUAUCUUUGUUGAUAACAAAGCAAUUAUUGUAAUGGUCAUGUUAAUCAUUAUGUCUUUAAAUAAUGGAAUCUGUUCAGUGAUGUAGACCUACUUUACAAGAACUACAAGAUUUAUCACAUUUAACUACCUUCUGCAGAAAAAGGGUUUAAAUAAAAAUUUUACAUUGAGUCCUUAGUUUUCAUACAUUUCUUACAAAACAUAUGAUAAGUGCUGGAUGUUUGACUGCCUACAAUCUAGAUGAAAGUCUGAUUGGUGCUUUUAUUUCACUGAUACCUGCUUUUUGAGAUCAAAAAAUCCUUGGUGGAAAUUAAUUUUAAAAAAAUAUAGAAGAUACUCCAACAUAUUACAAUAUGAAUUUUAGCAAUGCAAGUUUAUGUUAGUAACAAAACUGUUAAAGAAUGACAAUUUUAUAAGUGGUUAUUUAUAGGACAGUGUUUUAUGUUUUUUGUAUAGAUUAAAUACGUAUCUGUCUUUAUAAGAUGCUUUUGCCAGCCACUUUAGGAUUGAACACAGAGGGGAAUAAUUAAAGAAAUAUAUACAAAAAAGGAUAAAAAAGAGAGAGACGAGUGUGAUUUGUAACUCAUUUUAGUGCUUAAAGGACAGGGUAGUUUUGGAAUAUAUAUUGCUUCUCACUCUUAAUUUAAUGCAAUAUAUUUAUUUAGACACCAUUAUAUGCUUUAAUAUUUUCCGCCAGUAUGCAUUAGUUUUGGACACUCGAUACUCUUUAACAACCAAUAUCAGCCUUGCGAAGCAGUCGAUACAUUCGGCGGGUCUGACAGGACGAGAGUGGGGGAGCUGGCGACAGGUGCUGAAGCUCCACACAAGCAGUCUGAAGCCAGCAAGCUGGAGUCCAACCCGCCAAUGACCAUCAUGCCUCAGCAUUGUCAAGCGGCGGUAUUAAAGGAACAUGGCAAGAUUGCUUAGGUGCUUCGACACACACAGCAACAAAAACCUACUUAUGCAGACCCAUAACAACAAGUAAACAGUUACAAGGAAUUAAAACACUUCAGAACAACUUGACACAACACAAAACUAACAAGAUCCAACCUAACCUUACAACUUCAGCAAAGGCCUAAGGAACACAAAACAAACAUUUCCCGGUCUUAAAAAUUCUUCAAUCAAUUUCACAAUAAAUAUUUUAAGUAAAAUUAAACAUUGAACUCAAGUACCACUAAAGGUCACACAUGACUAGCAUACACACAUGAUCCUUAGAAGCGAUAAUAGCAUGUUUACACUACACAAGACAGUUCUACACUGUUGCAACCAACGACCACAUGCCAUUUACAAUGUUUAUUCUUCUACAAUAGCCUAGAGCUGGCAAGUGUGUGUCUUCUGAUACUCUUGGCCACUUUUAUGAUCAACGAAUAAUACAGUGUUUGCUCUAAACAGCUUCUUUACAAGAUAAGGUCCCACAUAGUCAGGGAUAAACUUCUUUCCCACAUAAUCCAACGGACUGGUCAAAAUUUCUACACAGGACUUCAGCUCCAACGUGAAAGUUGUAUUCAAUAUGACUACAAUCAUGGUGCUUUGCAAUGACCUCUUGGCAAUUUUUCAAACAUAUUCAAUACAUUAUUAUACAAAGCAUCGCGAGAGAUUUCAUCCUGAGGGUGCAAAGGAAUAGGGAUUCCCCAUUCAUUAAGUAAUGGAUGCGUCAUUUGUCUGCCUGAAAAAAGUACAGGAGGAAAUCUGGUGGAACAGUGCUCUGUGACAUUGAAGUCUAUAUAAAUAAGAUAGAGGUCUUCAUCCUACGCAGAGUGAUCCUUAUUGUAAAAUAUUUUCAGACAGGUCUUCAGGUUACGAUUGCAAACACAGGAGAACAAAUAAUUUCUAAACAUGCUCCGACAGAGCUUUGACCAUUGAGGUAGCCUUGAGAUUUCUUACGGACAAAAGAAAUACAAAUUUAGUAAAAAUAUCUAGCACUAUCAGCACACCAACAUUGCUCUUACACAAACCCACCAGAGAGCCGAACACAUCAGUAUGAAAGGUGUGCCACGGUGAUUCAGGGAGAUCUGCCACAUACAGCCCUACAUUGGCAUGUUUGGGAGGAUUACAUAGAUGCAUAGCUGCCAACUCCCACGAUUUUGGCGAGGCUCACUAUUUGUAGGUAUAUGUUACGCCCUCUUGAUUGAACAUCCCUUCCUCACGAUUUUUAGUAUUUUUUUUAUACCUUGUACGUUUUCGUGUCAAUAGAUUGUAACUGUAUCGAUACAAUCGUAUUGCACUAGAUUGGUCGGAUGUAUACCUAUCGCUUGCGACCUCGAUUCGAGAUCAAAUAACUUCGACCUGUUGCUUUUGAUUGUUAAUGGCGGCCAUGGUUGUUUCUAGUUGUGUUGUUGGUUAUGUAAUGGAUUAACGUAUAUAUUCUUUGUUUAUGUUAUUAUGAUGUCGCAGCAGUGCGGCGUGAAGAAACCCUACAAAACAACUUUCAACAAGUUAUAUGUAGAAGAGUUUCCGCACAUCAUAUCAUCUUGUAAAGGUGUAAACUAUGCAUAUUAUGUUGAAUGCCGCUGUGAUUUUUCACUAGCACAUGCUGGCUGAAACGACGUGUUUAGACACUGCCAAACAAAAAAAAAAUAUGUUGAUAGCGUAAAGUGCAUUGAUUCAAAUAAGAAGCUGAAUUAUGUUUCUGAUACGUCUGAGAACCGUAAAAUUCGUGCAGAAUGUUUAUUUACGUCUUAUAUUGUUGAAAACAAUUUGUCAAUAACUUCAGCUGAUCACGCGGGCUCCUUCAGGAAAAUGUUCCCGGACAGCGAAAUUGGAAGAAAAAAAAUACAGCUGUGCAAAAACGAAAACAUCAGAUAUAGUAGCAGAAAUGGAAUAGGUAACAUGCAACUAAUGUUGAGAUCUUUAAAAUUGAAGUUUUUUUCAGUGGCGACGGAGGAAGUGAUCAAGAUGAUGCAAAGCUGUAUCCUAUCUUGGUUACUUUCUGCAACAAAGUGACAUAUUGAAACACGCAGAAGAGGCAGACAUGAACUCUAUUUGUACUGCUUCUUUCUGUAGUCUAAGGUUCUUUGUUGAAAAGUUUCCCAGCAUUGUGGUGAAGAAUGAAGACCAAGAUAUGGAUUCAGAAGUAGACUGGUUGGAAACAGAAUUUUGCUCUUUUCAGGUGCAAGAUAUUCCAGAAGAGGUGGCAAAACAGAGCAGAAUGGAUAUGAAGUGGUCAUUGUUUUGACAAAUAAAAAUUCCAGACAAUACUUUAAUAUAUGGUAGACUUUCCGGGCCAAUGGUUGCCGUUCUCUGUAUCCCACACAGCAAUGCAGAGUGUGAAAGGAAUUUUUCAUAAAUAUAUAAAAAAAAAAACCUAAUUCAGAGCAUCAAUGUGUGAUGCAACUCUAGAAAAACUGGCCAAACUGAAAUCAUCACAGAGAGAACUUUGUUAUGAACAGAAUUUUGAUGCAAAUUUUUUAAAGAAGGCUAAAUCUUCAACAUGCAUGGCAUUGAAGAAGUGAUAAUUAUCUGCUUUUAAUUUGUAGCCCUAUACAUGUGCUGAAAUACUAACUCAAACUCAAUUUCCAAUUUCAUAAUCAAAAUUAGUUUAAAGUUACAUUAUUUAUUUUACAUUAUAAGGAGGUUUCCUCUAACAAACUACAAAUGUAACCGAGUUAAAAUAACAUUAUUUUGUAUGCAGACCUAUGUGUAAUCUGUGGAGGUUUCCAUUUAUGAUCUUCUAAUGUAUGUAAGUUGUUUGCAUUAGUUCCUAGUGAUUGUUGGAAACAGAUUUCAGUGAUUGACGUGAUAUAUGCAUUUAUACACAUCAGUGCACAUAAUAUCGUAUUUUAGCCAUAUUUAAGUGUUUUCACAAAACCACACAAAAAAUUCACAAAUUAAAAUUCAUCAAGAUAUUGGAUUUCUCAGGGUUGGCAGCUAUGUAUUUGGCACUCGACACAAUGCCUAGUAAAAUCCCUCAUGUUGGAUACAAGGGUUGACCAAGAAAAAUUAAGAGAUACUUUCUUAAUGCCUAAAUGUCCAUCAAACACUGAAGAAUCGUCAGCUGAAGCGAGGCAGGAACAAGUACCUUCUUCGCCUGACCAUUCUGUCCUGUGAAGCAUACCAGUUCCUCAUGAACACUGUAAGGAAUCUCUUCUUGUUUCACAAAUCCAUCCCUGAUUUCCAUGAACAGAGAGUCCGACCCCUGAGCCUCCUUUAAGUUGACAAGACUUAGGAAUUACCAUAAGGAUGGCUGCCACACUCAACUCUCGCUCUAGUCUUUCAUCCAAGUUGAAUUCCUCUAGAUGGAACAUCCUCAACAACAUUUCAACGACAACAUUGUGUGAACCCGUAACAUGGUGCACCUUGUACCUAAAAUGAGAGAGAAUCUGUAUCCAUCAACCCAGUAGACCGAACUGAUAAUGUUGCAACAGCCACGUGAGGUCUGGAAACUAGUAAAAUGCUGGGAAUUCGGUAUAUCCUCUGAGUAAAGGACCGGGCAUCUUGCAGAGACUUUGUCAUGAUAAGUCCACUUGCUCUGGUUGUUUCGAUUGAUUCCAGUAAUAUUUACUAGUUGGCGUGUUUUGAAUAUCUUGAAAACAAACAUUCGUCCCUUCCAGAUGAAAUACUGAUCCUUGGUGACUUCAACGUUCCUGGUAUUGACUGGUCCAAUUAUAACUUACAAGUGAACACUAAUCGUAAGGCACAGAGUCUUCUAAAUUUCGCUUAUAGCCUCUGCCUUAUCCAAUACAACAACACUCAGCCUCCCCCUAAUUUUUUAGUUUUAAUUUUUUCUAACUCAUCAAUCUGUGAAGUGUCUCAAGCAACUGAUCCACUCGUAAAAGAAGACUUCUAUCAUCCAGCAUUAUUCAUAAAAUUAAUUUUAGACUCUUUACCAUAUAUGUCUAAUUCAUCGACUAAUUUCAAAAAUUAUAAAAAUGGGGAUUAUCUUGGUCUCUUUAGUUUCAUAAAAAAUUUUGAUUGGUCUUUAUUCUAUAAAUCUACAGAUGUUAAUUUUUUAGUGGAUCAACUCUCUAACUGCAUAUGUAACAGUAUGAAUGAAUUUAUUCCUGUUAUUUCUAAAAAAUCUUCUAAAUACCCUUGCUGGUUCUCUAUUGAAUUAAUAUUUAAUCUAAAAGCUAAAAAAACACUUCCAUAAAUUACAGAAAAAAAACAUGAUCUACUAUUCCCAAUUUUCAUUCUACAGGAAGCAAGUUAAAUAUCUAAUCAAACGUGACAAAAUCAAUUGGACUCAACAUAUUAAUAACAAAGUAAGGUCUUACCCUAAAAAGUUCUGGCGCUAUGUAAAAAUAAUGAGAAUUGGUUACCGUGAAGAGUAUUCUAUCAAGGUUAAUGAUGUUGUGUCUUCUGACCCUGUUUUGGUAUCUAAUACCUUUUUGAAUAUUUUUCUAAUGUAUAUUCAUCUACUAAUCACAAUCAUAAUGUUAAUUUAUCAACGUCAAAACAUGAUACCAUUUUGGUCCCCGUUAUUUCUGAAAGUCUUGUGCUUUGGGGUAUUAAAACCCUAAAAUCUUCUAUGUCAUGCGGUCCUGAUGGAAUACCUAACUUUGUUCUUAAAGGCUGUUCAUACAUAUUAACACCACACUUCUUAAACAUUUAUUUAACGUAAGUUAGAAAAGUGAAAUGUUUCCCACUAAAUGGAAAAUAGCAAGGGUAAUUCCCAUUCUCAAAAGCGGUUCUAAAUUAAAGGUAUCUAACUACCGUCGUAUUUCCAUCCUUAAUGGUUUGUCUAAAAUAUUUGAAAAAAUUAUCUUUAAAUUCUUAUUUUCCCAAUUAAAAACCGACUGUCUCCUUCACAACAUGGUUUUAGAACUGGUAUGACCACAGCCACCAACCUUGUGUCCUUUCUAAAUCCUAUUUAUUAUGAGGUAACGAAUAGGGGUCAGGUAGAUGCCUACUACUUUGACCUUGCGAAAGCAUUCAACACUGUUAACCAUGAUAUUUUACUCAGUAAACUUGCUGAAUUUGGUUUAUGUGGCAAUUUUGUAACCUGGUUUUCUGAGUACCUUCAUAAUAGAUGAUUUUUUGUUUCCAUCAACAACAGUUAUUCUUCAUAUUUUAAAGUUCCAUCUGGGGUCCCGCAGGGUGGCACUCUCUCUCCAUUACUUUUCAAUAUUUUCAUUGAUGAUAUUACAUUUGUACCUAAACAAUCAAGUGGUGUAUUGUUUGCCGAUGUUUUUAAAAUUUCCAGAAGUAUUAACUCUAUCAAUGACUGCUUGUUACUUGAAAUUGAAAUGCAUGAAAUUAAUAAAUGGUGCUUAUUAAAUUUAGUAACUCUUAACACAAGUAAAACAAAAAUUAUCUCCUUCACAAGGAAAUAUCAUCCUGUAGAAUAUGAUUAUGUUCUUAACAAUAAAAUAAUCCCAAUCACUUCUUCUAUAAAAGAUUUAGGUAUACUACUUGACUCAAAAUUAUAUUUUCACUUGCAUGUAAAUUACUUAGUUACUAGUUCAAAUAGAACAUUAGCAUUAAUCAAAUAUAUUACGUUCUAUGCUACAAACAGUGACUCUCUUCUUUGUCUUUAUUUAUCACUUGUUAGAUCUAAGUUAGAAUAUUGUUCAGUUAUUUGGAAUUCUAUUAAUCCUUCCGAUAGCAAUAAAUUGGAAUCCAUUCAAAAUAAAUUUGAUAAAAUAAUUAAAGUUAAAAACUUCUCUCAGCUUACUAUAGAUUCUCUUUCUGAAUGCCGUAUCUAUCUGGAUUAUGUAUUUAUUAAAAACUGUUACUGUUAAAAAUUAAAUUGUAAGUCCAUUCUUAAUAAUACUGGCAUUACAAUUCCCCAAUUUAACAGCCGUUUAACAUCUAACUUAUGUACAUGCCAUAAAAAGAAUGAUAUAAUUUUUCGACUCAUUUAUAAUUUAAAUAAAAUUGAUCAUCUUAAUCUGUGAAAGUGUAGCUAGGUAUAUAAUGUAUUUUUCUUUUUUUUUUUAAUUAAUUUUUUCAUAAGCCUGCAAUUAGUAAUUUCAUUAUACUGUAAUGUCUAUGUUUUGUAUUUCUUUUUAUUUAUUUUAUAUUAUGAUGUUUAUUUUUAAUAGUUAUACUUAUUUUAACUUUACUUGCUUGUUUGUAUUUUGUUUGUUUUAUAUGUUGUCCUUGUAUAUAUGUGUCGUGCCCACCGCUAAAGCCCUCGGCUGUUGGUGGGCAUAUUACAAUAUUAAAUAAAUAAAUAAAUAAAAUAAGUCAUUGAUGUGGUUUUUGGGUGCUCUCCAAACCAUUGUUACACCUAAUUUCAAACUUUUUCUUUUCCUACUAGUCCACUGCUGUAAAUCUUGUGUACUAGUUUUACAAACCUGAUGCGGUGUCCAGGACUUAUCCUGAUCACCGACUAUAACACCAAAGUAGCCAUGAUAAGCUGUCUUUACAAGGUCACUGACAGUCUUUCUUUUAAUGUUUAUUCUCUACAUAUGUAGCAAAACAAAUCAGUAUGAUUUAUACAACUUCUACUGGAACUCAUUUUUUAUCAACUUCAAUCUAUCCUGCGCAGAUAAAACUCUAGCAAAAGAAAUUUACCGGAGCUGGGCCAAAACAGAAUUUAGAAUACAAUUAUACAUUAAUGUUACUAAAUAAACAUUCAUGACUUACGCUGCCCUUGCUAAGAAUUAGCAGGACCGAGCCCACAACCAGAAGACCAUCCCUCUAAGCUGCCCAGUCGAGUGCCAAAAAAAAAACCCCCAAGAGACAAAAAUGUGUGUGCGUGCGUGCACACACACACACACACACACACACACACACACACACACACACACACACACACACAACACGUUGCAUGCACACAAAGGAGGCUGGGAAGGGGAACACAGUGGUAGAAGGAAAGAAAACAAGUGAGCUUGCGUGUGCCGACGACGCAGGGUGGUCUUUUCAACUGACAAGAACAAGCAGAGCACAAUGUCUGCUCACUUAGCAAAUAAGACUUCUUAAUCUGCCUCUUCACACAUAACAUAUAAGCUUCAUUACUAAUAUGCCUGCAGACACCUAGACCAUCACCACAUUUCCUUCCAAUGGUGAUUUAAAACAGUACCGACUAAUGUCUGGUGGAAUUCCCAUGCCCUUUAGUAUUUUCCUAUACUUGAUGAGGUAGGUUAAUUAACAUCAAUAAUUUUUAUUGAAGAACGAAUGAAACCAAGCUGAUCAUAUUCAUGCAAAAUAGCUACCUGAAAUCAAAUUUAUGGUGCGGAAAUGUUUAAAAGUAAUAUUUUUAAUUUGUUGGUAAACUAAAUUAAAAAAAAAACAUUAAAAUGCCUGCCUCACAUGUAUAUAUAGCUUAUGGAGCAAGACAUUUGUUAUUUUUCGCUUUAUACUAUUUGCAUUAUGUAUGGUGGUACUGUAAGCAGUAAAGUGAUUGAUUGUUUACCUGUUGUCUGUGCAGAAACCAGUUCCUACAGGAGGUGUUGGAC